AUGUCCAUAACCCCACCCUUUACCUGUGGCAGGUGUUCUGGCCAGGUGUUCUGGCCAGGUGUUCCCCACCCCGUGUUCUUCGUGGCCAGCCGUGGUCACCACGCCGACGUGGGCGGCUCCAGCCCGGGGUCGAUGCCGCCGCACUCGCAGAGCCUGGCCCAGGAGGGCGCCGCCUUCGUGUCCUUCAAACUGGUGACCAACGGCGAGUUCCAGGAGCAAGCUGUCACCGAGGCCCUGCUGGCCCCCGGCUCCGUCCCCGGCUGCUCGGGGACGCGGAACCUGCGGGACAACCUGGCCGACCUGCGGGCACAGGUGGCGGCGAACCAGAAAGGGAUCGGGCUGGUGCGGGAGCUCAUCGGGCAGCACGGGCUGAGCGUGGUGCAGGCCUACAUGGGACACGUGCAGGCCAAUGCGGAGGUGGCGGUCAGGGACACGCUGCGGGCGGUGGCCGCGCGCUGGGGGACGUCACUGUCGGCCGAGGACACGAUGGACGAUGGCACCCCCGUGCGGCUCCGGGUGACACUGGAGCCCAAAGAGGGCAGCGCCGUGUUCGAUUUCGGGGGGACGGGACCCCAAGUUCUGGGGAACUGCAACGCCCCCCGCGCCAUCACCCUGUCGGCGCUCAUCUACUGCCUGCGGUGCCUGGUGGGACACGACAUCCCACUGAACCAGGGCUGCCUGGCCCCGGUGCAGGUGCGGAUCCCGCCGGGCUCCAUCCUUGACCCCGCCCCCGACGCCGCCGUGGUGGGCGGGAACGUGCUGACGUCACAGCGCGUGGUGGACGUGGUGCUGCGCGCGUUCGGCGUCUGCGCCGCCUCCCAGGGCUGCAUGAACAACGUCACCUUCGGCUCCCCGAGGGGGGGGUACUACGAGACCGUGGCGGGGGGCGCGGGGGCCGGGCCCGGCUGGGGGGGGCGCAGCGGGGUCCACACGCACAUGACCAACACCAGGAUCACCGACCCCGAGAUCCUCGAGAGCAGGGGGUCCCACACGCACAUGACCAACACCCAGAUCACCGACCCCGAGAUCCUCAAAAUGAGGGUCUGUGGGGUUUGGGGGUCCCGGGGGUCCCACACGCACAUGACCAACACCCGCAUCACCGACCCCGAGAUCCUCGAGAGCAGGUGGGUCUGGGGGCUCUGGGGGGCUUUGGGGGGCCCUAUGGGGUCUGGGGGGUUUGGGGGGUCCCGGGGGUCCCGGGGGUCCCACAUGCACACGACCAACAUCCGGAUCAAGGACCCCGAGAUCCUCGAGAGCAGGGGGUCCCGGGGGUCCCACACGCACAUGACCAACACCAGGAUCACUGACCCCGAGAUCCUCGAGAGCAGGAUCACCAACCCCGAGAUCCUCAAAAUGAGGUGGGUCUGGGGGCUCUGGGGGGGUUUGGGGGGUCCUAAAGGGUCUGUGGGAUUUGGGGGGUCCCGGGGGUCCCACACGCACAUGACCAACACCUGGAUCACCGACCCCGAGAUCCUCGAGAGCAGGUACCCGGUGGUGCUGUACCCGGUGGUUCUGCGUCGCUUCGAGCUCCAGGCGGGCUCGGGGGGAUUUUGGGGUACCCGUGGUUCUGCGUCGCUUCGAGCUCCGGGCGGGCUCGGGGGGCGGCGGUACUGGGGGGGGAUCGGGGUGGUUUCGGGAGCUGCAUUUCGGGGCACACUCUCGGUGCUGAGCGGCGCGGGCAGCGCCUAUGGGAUGGAGGGGGCUCCCGGGGGCGCCGGGCUGAACCUGCUGCUGCGGAGGACGGGCGAGUGA